AGGUGGAGUUCUUUUUGCGCGUGACCUUGAGAAGAAAGCGGGGGAAGGGGUUGUAGGCGGACCGGAAGCAGGAAAAUACGCACGUCUCGGCGGAGGUGAGGAAGCCGGAGAGAAGAAGCGAGUCGAGGAUCCAGGUUCUUGCCGUCGUCAUGCCUCGAGGAAGCCGAAGCCGGACUUCCCGCAUGGCCCCGCCGGCCAGCCGUGCGCCAACAAUGCGAGCAGCUCCACGACCGGCUGCACAUGCUCCCGUCCCAGCACCUGCCCCUGCAUCAGCAGUGGCUUCUCCUGCUCCCCGGCAGCCUGGCCUGAUGGCCCAGAUGGCCACCACAGCUGCUGGCGUGGCUGUGGGCUCUGCUGUGGGGCACACACUAGGACAUGCAAUGACUGGAGGGUUUGGGGGCGGCUCUGAUGCUGCACGGCCAGACAUCACUUACCAGGAGCCGCAGACAGCCCAGCCAGCAGCGCAGCAGUCUCAAUAUACACCUUGCCAGUAUGAAAUGAAGCAGUUCCUGGAGUGUGCCCAGAACCAGUCGGAUCUGAAGCUGUGUGAGGGCUUCAGCGAGGUCUUGAAGCAGUGCCGUUUUGCAAAUGGUCUAGCCUAACAGAGCUGAGCAGAGCGAAGUCCAACUCUGUUAAUGAAAGAUGCCUCACUAGUAAAAUUCUCUUUUAAAGUCUAAAAAGCUGUCUAGCAUUUCUCAUUUGUUUGCGGCCAGCUGUUCAUCCAUUCCCCCACAAAGAGCAUGGAGUGCUUCCCCCCGUGGAGAGGAUUGUAGUGGCAGAGUUCAGCAUCUGUUGGUGGAGGGGUGAGCACCAGGCUUCCGGAUUGUAUCAACAACGCUGUCCGUCCUUGCUCGUCUGCCUGUUAGUUGUGUGCUGACUUGAGCUGUGGAAUAAAAGCUGAAAACCGUGUCCUGAAGUGCCUGAUCUGUC